AUGCAACCGUUGAAAAAAUUAUGGUAGAGAUGCAGAAAAAUUUCGCUAUGAUGAGGUGCGAGGGCAGUAGGGAAAGCGAUGUCUUGUUUUCAUUUGGUUUGAUCACAGACAUCCAGUACGCAGACAUUUGCGAUCGACAGAACUACCAGAAAACAAAAUGGCGACGAUACCGAAACGCUCUUACUUGCCUUCGAAGAGCUGUUUCUCAUUGGAAAGAUGCAAAGAGUUCUCCAGCCUUCAUAGUGCAACUGGGAGAUAUCAUUGACGGCUUUAAUGCAAAUUCAAUCGACGCUAAUGACAGCGGAAGAAACCUCUCUAAAGAAGCUCUCGAAGCCGUGAUGAUCGAGUUCUCCAAACUUCCGGAUGGUGUACCCGUUUUUCACAACAUGGGAAAUCAUGAGCUCUACAAUUUCUCUCGCCAAGAACUUGAACGAUCUGUUCUUCAUCCUUCAAACAACCGUCACACCGCAGCAUUUCUAAACAGCGAUGAAAGAGCUUCAUUUGUGAGGCUGGAAACGAAACCAUUUUAUUUCUCGUUUACACCUCAUCCAAAAUUUUGUUUCGUUUACCUGGAUAGUUACGACAUAAGCCUUCUUGGCGUUGACGAAAGCAGCUGCCAGUAUAAAGAAGCUCGUGAAAUAAUACAAAGACAUAAUAAAAAUGAUGAUCUGGACAGUCCUAUUGGUCUCUAUGGCUUAGAGCGACGGUUUGUGAGGUUUAAUGGUGCGAUCAGCACAGAACAACUGUCGUGGCUCGAAGCUACUCUGAAAACUGCCGAAGAACAUGGCCAAAAGGCUGUGGUAUUCAGCCAUGUCCCUAUUUACCCUGGAUUCACAGACACCAUGACAUUAUUGUGGAACUACCAAGAUGUUCUGGAAGUGUUAUGGCAAUUUCCUUGUGUGGUUGCAUGUUUUCAUGGCCACACACAUCAAUACAGUUAUGCAGUUGAUGAAAAGGGUAUUCACCAUUAUAUUUUUGAUGCUAUUGUGGAAGCUCCUUUAGAUUCCAAUGCAUUUGCAACCCUCCAUGUCAAAGAUGAUUCCAUUGACAUUGAGGGCUUUGGAAUUAUAGAAGAUCAGGUGUUGAAAUUUUCUCACUAGAUCGCACAGAGUAGCAGGUGAGGCAAUCAUUAGAAAAGGCGUAAAUUUUAUGUUUCUGCGUGCAGAGAGAUGAUAGCAUGACUGUGUCUUGUGAUCUGUAAUGAACAAAAUUGAGCACCUUGGCUCUACUGGGGCUUUUUUCAUCUACUAUUCAUUUAUGUAGUAAAACAUAUAGGUGAAUGGUAUAAAGGAGAAGGAAGCAUGCUCAGGACAGU